UAAAAACCAGGAAAAACGGGAAGCGUAAACUGUCGCGUAAACUGGCCUUCGAGAGCGGACCACAUUGGUAGGAGCAAGGAGUGAACGGGGAUCAGGAGAAAAUGGAGUCCCAGCACAUCUGGGUCGUGGUGGUACUGAGCUGUCUGCUCUACAGGUCCUUGGCUCACGACGACUUCUUCACCUCCAUCGGUCAGAUGACCGAUCUGCUUUAUACCGAGAAGGAUCUGGUCACCUCCCUGAAGGACUACAUUCGUGCUGAGGAGAACAAGCUGGAACGGGUCAAAAAGUGGGCAGAGAAGCUGGACGUGCUGACAGCCACGGCCGCACAGGAUCCUGAGGGUUUCCUGGGUCACCCGGUCAACGCCUUCAAACUGAUGAAGAGGCUGAACACAGAGUGGGGAGAGCUGGAGAGCCUGGUGCUGAAGGAUAUGUCUGACGGCUUCAUCUCCAACCUGACCAUCCAGAGGCAGUACUUCCCCAAUGACGACGACCAGACAGGGGCUGCCAAGGCCCUGCUCAGGCUGCAGGACACUUACAGGCUGGACACCGAAACCAUCGCCACCGGCAACCUGCCUGGCAUGAUGUACAAGAGCUCCCUGACGGCAGAGGACUGCUUCGAGCUGGGCAAGAUCGCCUACUCGGAGGCGGACUACUACCACACAGAGCUGUGGAUGGCCCAGGCCCUGAAGCAGAUCGACAAGGGCGAGGAGUCCACCCUGGACAAGGUCACCGUGCUGGACUACCUCAGCUACUCCAUCUACCAGCAGGGGGAGCUGGAGAGGGCCCUGGAACUCACCAAGAAGCUGCUCAAAUUGGACCCCGAGCACCAGCGCGCCAAAGGCAACCUCAAGUACUUUGAGUACCAGCUGGCCAAGCAGAGAAAGGCAGAGGCGGAGCGAGGCACCAAUCAGAACGACAGCUUGCAGCGCGAGAAGAGAGACAGCGACGGGAAGAAGGACCGGACGGCGUCCAAGAUCCCCGAGAGGCAGAAAUACGAGAAGCUGUGCCGGGGAGAGGGGCUCAAACUGACUCCCCGCAGGCAGAGCCGCAUGUUCUGCCGCUACUUCAACAACAACAGGCACCCGCGCUACCUCCUGGGCCCCGUCAAGCAGGAGGACGAGUGGGACCGCCCGCGCAUCGUCCGCUACCACGAAGUCCUGUCCCACAGCGAGAUCGAGAAGGUGAAGGAGCUGGCCAAGCCCAGGCUGCGCAGAGCCACCAUCUCCAACCCCAUCACUGGCGUGCUGGAGACCGCCCACUACCGGAUUAGCAAGAGGCGCGCCACCGUGCAUGAUCCCCAAACUGGGAAACUCACCACCGCCCAGUACAGAGUCUCCAAGAGUGCCUGGCUGGCUGCCUAUGAGCACCCGGUGGUGGACAGGAUAAACCAGCGCAUCGAGGACAUCACGGGCCUGGACGUCAAAACCGCAGAGGAACUGCAGGUGGCCAAUUACGGUGUUGGCGGCCAGUAUGAGCCUCACUUUGACUUUGGACGGAAAGACGAGCCGGAUGCCUUCAAAGAUCUGGGCACUGGGAACCGCAUCGCCACCUGGCUCUUCUACAUGAGUGAUGUUACAGCAGGGGGCGCCACAGUAUUUCCAGAAGUUGGCGCUGCAGUUUGGCCUAAAAAGGGCACAGCAGUGUUUUGGUAUAACCUCUUCCCGAGCGGAGAGGGAGAUUACAGCACACGGCACGCCGCCUGUCCAGUGCUCGUGGGCAACAAGUGGGUUUCUAAUAAAUGGAUCCACGAGAGGGGUCAGGAGUUCAGAAGACCGUGUAGCCUUGAUGAGACGAACUGAUAAGGGGUGUGUCACCCUUCCCUCUCCUCUUCCUCCUCCUCCUCAUCCUCUUCCACUCGGCAGAUAUCGGGCUGUGAACCGUCAUCAGCCACUACUGCCGGUUUGCCCCACCCCUCUCUGCUCCGUCCUGCCCCGCCCCACCCAGUCACGUUCAACCCUGAGAGCCAAGCUCAUGGGCCGUCGAGUUCGUUUUACCAAAGAUCUCUGGAGUGGGGGUGUCCAAUCUUAUCCGAAAAGGGCCGAUGUGGGUGCAGGCUUUUGUUUUAGCCUAACACUAAAACACCCAUUUCAGCUAAUCAUGGUCUUCAGUCAAGAUGCUUAUGAGCACAAUCAGGUGUCUUAGCGCUGGGUUUAAAAUGAAAACCUGCACCCACACCGGCCCUUUUCAGAUAAGAUUGGACACCACUGCUCAAGAGUGUUAGAUUAGUGGGUUUGAAGAUGUGUGCGUGUGACUGUCUUUGUCGCGUUCUUGCACAUGGUGAUCUUGGCUGUCACUGCGGGGCUCUUUACGAUUUUCAAUGACUCCAUUGUGGUGAGGUGGCUUCACGCUUUCUCCUUAACCACACCCACAAACACUCCCACACGAUGACAUGUUUUUGUUCCACUCCAUCUCCCAUCCAAUCACUCCUCCUCACUCCUUCAGAUGGCUGGGGUUCAGAGAAUUAGACUGUUCUGUCCACUAACCCUUCUCUUCUCUGUUCCCCGAAACUGCCCCCCUAACCCCCCACACACACACACACACGCACGCACACACACAAACACACAGUUCUCCUGCUUGCUGUCAUUCAGUAUAUAUCACUGUCUCUAGCCCCUUUCACACAUGCAGCUCGAAACAUUACUGAGUUAAAUUGUCCCGAUUAGGUCAUGGUUUUCCCUCUUCACUCACAGGUCUCCUAUACGAAACAAUUCCACAUUGAGACUCUUUAUGCAUCUGACCAUUCCGGACAGAUGAGGCAACACAGGAUGUUUAGCCUCCAAAGCAAUGCGUAACAUAUGCUAAUGUUACAUUAGCUUAUCUUUAUAACAGCCAGAUAUUUCACUGAAUAAUACCAACACAACACAUUUGAAGAGUGAUAGUUUAAAAAUGGUAUCGUCUUUCACCGAUAUAGCUCGGUAUAUAAUGGUAAAUCAAUGCUUAAGUGCGGAAUUGUUUCGGUAAAAUACAACAAACAUAAUUCUGUUAGUCAAGUUAGAUAGCCAGCAGUAUCCUCCAUUGAUAUGCAAUAUUUAUCAGGUAGAAAUAUUGUAUAUUACACAAGCAGUUCAUAAGGGCACAAUGCUGUUAAAGCCGUGCCAAGCAAGGACAGUGACGCUGUUUACUCCACUCCUAAAAUAAAUGUUCAAAUUUCCCUCACAAUCUGCACAAUGCAGCUCCAGUAUCUUCUAUGUGCAAUAUCUCAUUUGUGUUGGAGGGCAGAUUCAAUAAGUAUUUAUUAAAGAUAUUGUGCCAGAAACAAAAGGUCUUGUGUCAGACUGACAUAGGUUUUUGCGUGCUUUUUGUUCACACUAGAGCUGUGGCAAACCAUUUAGGUAAAUCUUACCAGGUCCUGACCCGGCAGAUUGAAGGAACGUCUUGCAUUGAAAAUGGACUCCUGCUCUGUUCACACAUGAUGCCGACACAGAUGUUGUCAAAACAUUUACGGGUUAAGAAGCUUGUGUGGAAGGGGCUACUGUUAUCCAGUAUAGAGCUCUGUCACUGUUAUCCAGUAUAGAGCUCUGUCACUGUUAUCCAGUAUAGACCUGUCACUCCUAUCCAGUAUAGAGCUCUGUCACUCUUAUCCAGUAUAGGUUUCUCUACAGUCUCAGGCCUCUGGCCUGACAAGGCCGUACUGGGCAGAUGGCACAGGAGGGGUUGGGGGUUUCUGUGUGGUUAGCAUUAGCCGUAGCACUUCCAGUGUUGUCUUGAUAACAUGAUGCCACCCUGGAUCCGGACAGGAACGCCUGUUUGAUAGCAGAGAUUUAACCAGGCCUUACGGCUAUGCCCAUUGACUGAUUCACUACCACAAAGAUGACCGAAGAUCGCUUAGCGAUAGCGGAUGUGGUACAGUGAUUUUCUGCAGUGUCAGAUUUUCCACCGUCACGUGUGGCUGGGUAGCAUUUCCCCACUGAGGUCAGUGUCGCCAGGACUGAGCUGGGAGACAAACACUACGUCUGCUGCCCAGAUAAAAGCCGAUAUUUAACACCGAAGCUACGCCCCGUAGCCUUUGUCGCUGAGGCUAGCUUUGUGUGGCGGCUGCUGAAAACCACAGAGCAGGAUUUGAUGAGCAUGAGUCAGCUUUUCAAAGCGCCUUCCUCUCCACCCUGUUAGCUUGCAGCCUCUGCGGGUCGAAACGUUAAAGAUACUGUUCUGUGGUCCGUGCUGGUGGUGCUAAUGUUACAGUGGUACCAUCGUGUGUCCUGACCCGGGUUCUGUUUCCAGGUUCAGAACAAUGUGUAUAGCAGGUCGAGGGAUGCUACGACUGGGGAUUUACCCAGGGUUCCAACUCACCCAUACAGAAUUCCAUUGUUUAUUUCAUACGAAUGGGUACCCCCAGAACUUUCCAAGGGUACACUUGGAUUUGGGAAUAACAGUUCUAUCCGAACCUGCCCCCUUACCUUCCCCACCCUUCCCUGCCUCGUUUUGUUUAUCCUCCAGUUUCCCAGGAUCCUCUGUGGGAGAAAGACGCUAUUUAUGUCUUUGGACAUGCAGUCCUUUUGAUUUGUAUGUUCUGUGAAAUGUGUUGAGGAUUUUUUGAAGCGUUGUUGUUUUCUACUGAAAUAAAAUUUAUGUUGUUGAUA